AUGCCCAACCAGCAGCGCCAUCGCGCGUGGGACGUCGAGCCGCGUCGAACGCGCCUAGACACGCGUCCGGAGACCCACCAUGGCGGAACCCGAGACUCGCCGGCGCCCUCCGCCGCGUUUUGGCUCGCCGGAGCCAACUCCGGCGCCGGCGCUGACCUGGCACCGGCAGGGCCCGCCUCUGGGUCGCUGCCCGUGGGCCCCCUGGACUCAGUUGACCAUGUUGACCGUGGCCGCCCCGACGCCUCGGCCCCUCGCCUCCCACUCGCCCACUUGCCACUCCCCUUUCCCUCGUCGCUCGCUCUCCCCUCUGUUCUACACCUCACCGAACGCAGCCGUCUCCGCGCCACUCCGGUCACGCGGCCACCAGCGUCCCCGCGCCUCCUCUUGGUGACCAGAAGCUCCGCCGACGACCGAUACUCCCUCUCCGACCACGAGCUCGAGCUCGGCGCCACCUCACCGACCGGAUCGACGCCGCCUUCCCCGUCCGGUCGCCGCCGUCUUCCUCCACUCCGGCUAGCUCUGCUGCUCCUAAUCCAUUCACCGGCCUCCAUGAGCCGCUUGAUGUCGGAGCCCAGGAGCCAGAUGCCACUGCCGAUGCCUGCUACUACGUGGAGACCGCCGACGACCAGGAGUAGUUAGGAGGCUCCCAGGCAGGAGGCCUUGCCUUUUCGAUCAUUGUUGCUUUUGUGCUAGCCUUCUUAAGGCAAACAUGUCUAACUUAUGUCUGUACUCAGAUAUUG